ACCCUAACCCUACUCACUCCUUACUCUGAGAGGCAGAAGAACGAACGAGCUUGUACUUUGACGAUGGCAGGCGACAGGAGCAAGAAGCUCAAAGCUUCUGAAAAGUCCGAGAAUUUGGACGAAGUUCACGGACAGCUCCUCAUCAACAUCGAGAAAUUGCAACAGAUCCAAGACGACCUCGAAAAGAUUAAUGACAAGGCAGGUGAUGAAGUUCUGGAGAUAGAACAGAAGUACAAUGAGAUUAGGAAACCGAUUUACGACAAACGAAACGAAUUGAUCAAAUCUAUUCCUGAUUUCUGGUUGACUGCAUUUAUGAGUCAUCCCACUCUCUCUGAGCUUCUGAAUGAGGAAGACAUAAAGAUAUUUAAGUAUUUGGCUUCUCUCGAAGUUGAAGAUCAUAAAGAUGUCAAAUCAGGCUUCAAAAUCACCCUUAAUUUCAAUCCAAAUCCUUAUUUUGAGGAAACAAAGCUUGUAAAGACCUUUAAUUUCCUUGAAGAGGGAACAACAAAAAUUACUGCCACCCCCAUAAAAUGGAAAGAGGGCAAGGGCAUACCCAAUGGAGUCAGUCAUGAGGAUAAAGGGAACAAGCGGACUCUUGAUGAUAUCAGUUUCUUUAGCUGGUUUAGUGACUGUGAGCAGAAAGAUGAUAUGGAUGAGAUUCAUGAUGAGGUUGCAGAAAUAAUCAAGGAUGAUUUAUGGCCAAACCCACUCACUUAUGUCAACAAUGAGGAGAUUGAUGACGAGGAUGGUGAUGAUGAAGCUAAUGAUGAGGAAAAUGAUGAGGAUGAUUCUGAAGACGAUGAUCAAGAGGAUGAAGAUGACGAGGAAGAUGAUGACAACGAUGACGAUAAUGGCAAUUGAAAACAUACAUUAUAGUAUUACCUGUUUAUUUUCCACUGGUUAUGAGUUUGAGUUGGCUAUUUAGGCAAUAGUGACCAUGGCCAUUCUCCAGGCUAUUUAACUCAUGUCAACAGGUAGAGUUAUGACGGCCAGAUAGAGGUUCCCUGACCAUAAUGAUAUUUGUGAAAUUAUUUAUUCUGGUUUCAUCCCUCA